CUCCUCGGAUGAGAGGGAGAAAGAGAAGGGUUAAUAUUAGAAAGGAGAAUUUUGUAGAGAUCAAUAGAGAGAGAAGAUUUUGUAGAGAGAGAAGCAAAAGUAAGAGGAAAGGGAAAGAGGGUUUGGUACUUCGACUUCAAUUCAAAUGAAGACUUUUGGGAGUAGAGAGAGAGAGGAGGAUUGGUUGGUUGCUGAACAGGGUUCUGCAGAGCGUGCUUCUACCUCUAAGAAAGAGAAAAGAGAGGCAGCAAAAACGAGGGGAGGGGAAAAAGGAUGGGGAGGAGUGGCUCUAUGGGACAAUUAUUCACGCAGGCCAUCAAUCUCGGAAUGGUUGUGACACCAGCUCUUAUGAUAUGGAAGGCAUUGAUGUGCACCACUGGAAGUGAAUUACCUGUUGUAGUCGUACUUUCUGGAAGCAUGGAACCAGGUUUUAAGAGGGGUGAUAUAUUGUUCUUACAUGCAAGUAAGGAUCCUAUUCAUGCCGGGGAGAUUAUUGUCUUUAAUGUUGAUGGAGAAGAUAUUUCUAUUGUUCAUCGUGUAGUGAAGGUUCAUGAACGGAAAGACACUGCCAAGCUUGAUGUUCUAACAAAAAGGAGAUAAUAAUCCCAUAGACGAUACCCCUUUGUAUGCUCGUGGUUCUCAAUCCAAAAACAUUCUAACGGGAGGGGGGGGGGGGGGAUGUUGGGUGAGUUUGAUAUUCAGAGCUUACAAAUAUAGUUGAGCAUUGCAAUUCGGUGAUUGUGACCUGGCUGCACGUGGACGAGACAGGAUUGCGUAUUAUCAUGACCAGCUUUGGCUUCAGGAGCGUCAUAUCAUGGGAAGGGCUGUGGGGUAAGGCUUUUCAAGUUCUGAGCUUCAAUUACAGAUGAGCAUGACCAUGCACUUAAUCAUGUCAAUGUUAAUCAACUGAUGAUUUCUUUUUUCUUGCUAUAUGGAAUCCCAAAUAAUACAAACAAGUGGUCAUGUUAUGCGUUUUUCAGGUUCUUGCCUUAUGUUGGCUCGUUUACUAUCAUCAUGACUGAAAAGCCUGUAAUCAAGGUUUGCGUCUAGUGUAAUGCUUUAAUUAGGUUUUGCUUAGCAGAAUGAUAGACUAUGUUAUCAACAUUGACGUGCCUCCAUUUAAUUUUUAUAAAGAUUCCAUUGUUGCCUUCUCUAUUUGAAAAUGAGGUUGCUUCUAGUUCAUGGAAAUGGGGAAGUUAAUAAACUUCUUUGUUUUCUUCUUUUUGAUAUACUUGACUCUUAAGAAGUUCCAACUGAAUCAUCUCAACCUGAUGUUCCUAUAGCAAUAGGGCGAACUCUGGAUAACUGGAGGUUUUGUUGACUCUCAGCAAAAUUUCGAUUGCGAUUGACUUUAGUGGUGAUACACAUUUCAGAUUGUAAGUCAGGACGACUCCAAUGCUCCAUUUUCAAGAAGAGUAAUGUUGGUGAUUGGAGAUAGUACAUGUCUCAGUGGAUUUAUUAUUCGGGAAAAUAAUAUCUCAUCAUAGUUUCCUUCUUUCUUUUCUAUGAAUGAAAUAUCAGGGGAAUCUUUGUGAAAGUUUCUCACAAGAAGAUCCAAUAUAAGAAGUCUAGAGAGUAUUUGGGCACAAACAAAGGCUCUGGUACACUAGCACAGUCAGGAAUUUAAUUAAGAACUGUAUGCUUCUAGGGGUUUGGAAGUUCUAAGUGCAUAUAAACAUUUGCAGCUGAGCCUUGUGUUUGUUGCUAAAACAUGUGCAAGCAGUACAUUUUGAUAGGCGUGGUGGGCUUACUGGCCAUUGGAGCAAAGGAAUAGAGAGGGAGAUGUACUUCAACUUUAAAGAUUCUGUGUGCUAAGGGCAUAAAUUCAUCUUAUCCUUGCCCUUUUUUUGUGUUGUAUAGAAAUUUGAAACUACUGGCACGAACCUCGUCUUUUGUGUAGGUGUUAAAGAUGGGUCCUUGUUUUUGGUUUGCCUAACAUUUCCUUCUAGCUUUUGAUUUCCUUGUUCAUGUACUGCUUCGUCAGCCGAAUGCGACAUGUUAUUGUUGUGUA